GAAAACGAAGAAAGGGAGAGAGAGAGAGAGAGAGAGAGAGAGAGAUCGGAAUGGAGGCUCCUCCUGAGAACGAUUUGUGCUCCGUCUGCCACGGCGGCUUCAACACUCCUUGCCAAGCCAAUUGCUCUCACUGGUUUUGCGGUAGAUGUAUUAUGCUUGUUUGGGAUCAUGGAUCAGCUCUUCAGCCUUGCAAAUGCCCUCUCUGUCGCCGCCAGAUAAAUUUGCUGGUUCCAACUGAGGCUUCAUUGAGGCAACGUAAUACGCCUGAGGUGGCUGAAAUUCUACGCAAGAUUGAAACGUAUAAUCGCUAUUUUGGAGGUCAAUCCAGAGGACUCAUUCAGAGAAUGCAAGACCUUCCAUUUCUGUUGCGGAGGCUAUUACGAGAAGUAUUGGAUCCCCAUAGAUCACUUCCCCUUGUUAUAAGGGCUCGUGUCAUUAUUGCAAUGAUACUAAGUGGUGCCUAUGUACUCAGUCCUGUUGACUUUAUUCCAGAAGCAAUAUUUGGUAUAGUCGGUCUCUUGGAUGAUCUCCUCAUUGUACUCGUGGUCUUCCUCCACAUCGCUACCAUUUAUCGGUCGGUACUCUAUCGACGCCAUGGGGGUUCUUAAGCUGUUCGCAGUCAGACAAUUUUAACGACUGGGGACACCUUUGAGUUCUAAAUACUAAGAGGUUUUAGUCUAGAUUGAUAAAUACGUAGGAUUUGACAAUUUGUUCAUUGUCUGUAAAAUUGUAUGUUCAAUUAACUAGAAUUUAUUUCAUAUGUUAAAUCAGUAAGCAUCCAUAAUACGUUUGACGU